UCGAGGCGGUGCUUAGAGGUGACCGAACGAAGAAUAAUACGAACUCUAGAGUAUCAAAACCAAGCGCGCCCAGGACCCGGGCGGUCCCGUUUCAGGUUAAAGCGACCCGUUGUCUUUUAGCCUCGUCUUUGGGCAUCGCAGGACCACUGGAGGAGAGGACAUGGCCGAUACUCUGAGGAGACUUGUGAACAUAUCUGCCUAUGGUGUUUUACAGGAAAAACUUGAGAGCUGGUUCAGGGACUACCAUGUGAUUUCCUGUGACCAGAACCUGAACCGCUGCUGUGAGUUGAUUGAGCUCACCGCUAAGAUCCAGGGACAACUCUUCACCAUCCUCAACUUUGCUGCUGCAGAAGGGGGUCACUAUGCGGGCGUGGACACUCUUAAAACACGCCUCCUCCCAUGGCUGGGGACAUGCUUCUCCAUGGCUCGGCCCGCCGUCAGCGACGACACCAGCCUGCAGCUCAUGCAGGACUCUGCCCUGAAGGAGAAGAAGAUCAGGGAGCUCUCCAUGUCCCAUGACAACAACAUGCAGAAGAUGGAGACCCAGCUGUGCUCCACCCGCCUGCAGCUGGACUCCGUCAAGUCAGAGCUGGCUGACGUGCAGCUGGAGCUGGACAACACCAAGGACAAGUCAGCCACCACUCUAUUGGCCACAGAGGAUGAGAUCCUGCAGCUGAGGGCAGACAUGCGGGCGGCCCAUGAACAGCUGGAGGUCUACAGGAGGAAGGUGGAGGUUGUGGACGAGUACGAGAGACAGGUCCGCCUGCUGAGAGAGGAGGUCUCCUACCUCACCUCAGAGAAGAGCCUGCUGCAGGAGAGGUUGAGCAGGAGCCGCUCGUCCAGCCCGCUGCCCAGGCGGCCCUCCAGCCCCCUGAGGUCUGAGUCUCCCACACGCGCCCAACUGACCCAGUCCUCCCGCCAUGCCCGCCUGCUGUCGCGCUUCAGCGACCUCUAUGCCGUGGAGCGGCUGGAGGCCCAGAGCCUGCUGCGGCGCUACGUCGAUGACCUCACCAUGGUCCAGAAGAUAAUAUACAUCGCUGCCGUGGGGUCCUUCCAGACGGCGAAGCUAGCCUACAGACAGUUCAAGCUGCGUGUGAGGAAGACCCUGUCCUCGUCUCACAUGGGUCCAGAGACCCUGGAGGAUGCAGCCGUGGACUAUAUCGUCCGCAACAUGGAUCUGUACGAUGUCCAGGCCAGUGUCAACGACGUGAUCAACGCCAUGAACGUGAACCCACGGAUCUCCUUCCCUCCGGAGGUGGACUUCGCCCUUGUCAGCAGCCUGAUCAGGGAGACCUGCAGGGUGGCCUUCGCCAUGCAGACCCUGGACCCCCCCCUGGACCUGGCCUUCUCCAGUGAUGGGGAGCUCUUCAAUGACAACAAGUAUCGCCGUAGCUACGACUCUGAGUUUGCGGCGCCGCUGGUGCUGUAUCACGUGUGGCCCGCCUUGAUGGAGGGGGACAUCGCCCUCAUCAAGGGAGAGGCCGUGACCCACAGAGGAGCUCUGUGGAAGAGCCGAAGCCGCAGCAGCAGCCCGGUGCGCUCCCGCUCCCUGAGUCCGUCACGAGCAGUGACCUUUAACAGCGUCCGAAGCAAAUCCCCGGGCCGCCUGUCGGCUAGUUGGCUGUAGACCACGCACAAGACGCACAAGAGACGCACAAGAACAUGCACCAGAUGCACCCAAGCGUGCACAAGAUGCAUGCAAGAAGUAAAAGCAAGUUGGAUUUCAACAUAAUGGAGCUCUAAUGGGAUUUGUAUUGAAUUUGUAUCGGUUGGUGCUCAAAGUCAAAAGUUUAUUCCGAAGUACGCAACAUCAGUACUUCAGAAGAGUUUACAUGGUAGAAUACAGCAAUAUGUUAAAUAAAGGCAACAUGACAUGAGAAUUAAGUUUUUGAUUUAUCGGUUGAUUUCCCCAUAUACAACAAAGCAUGUUAAAUGCAAAAACGGUGUACUGUAAACUAAACCUAAAUUACAACUUAACGUUAUCCCUUGAAAACACAAAGGUUUUGUGAUUGUGUCACCGUCCUUAGGGGGCGGGUCAACCAAAUCCAACCAAUCAAGAAAAACAUUUGGGACCCCUCAAUUACUACCUUAUUUGAUAGUUAUCAUUAGGAGGCGGUAGGUUCUUCCACUAUGCCCAUUGACAGCUUUGACGAUCCAAUCAAAAUUAUAGAAAGGAUUGAAUAUUCAAUUCAAAGGAAGUUACAUUCUCAAAGCUCUUCAAGUCCUCUAUACCGUCCGCCAUGGUUAUUCCAUCCUACCAUACAAAUCAGCUACAAUAUAAAGAUGAUCUAUCAACAUAUAUCGUUUGUAUCCUUUUAGAUGUUUGAUUAUUUUCUUAAUUGUUUAAUAGAGGUGUUUGCGAAUUAAUAUGAAUAACAAUAUUAUGUUUCAACCUGCAAAUGAGCCCUUUUCUAGUCUGAAGAAUCAUUGAAACUGGCGAAACGUUCUCUCUCUCUAUCUCCCUCCUUCCCUUCGACCGGUGCUCAGUAUACUUUAUGGUGGGUAAAGUAGGUUUACUUGUAGAAAUACUUGACUGAUAAUAUAUUCAAAACGUUAUAUUAGUGUAUUUAAAAUAAGACUCAGAAACGUCAUGUUUUGGUGCUGUGGAUUUGAAUGAUAUCGUUAAUCAUAAAUAGGCCUCACAUUUUUCUAGUUGAUUAAAUCUGAAGUUGAUAGAGAUUGAUAACUUAUAUUAUGUCAAUUUCUUUGAUAUUAAGUACUUUGAAUUAUUUGUAUUCAUGAUCAUUUUUUGAAUCGUAGGCCGAACUUGACGGUAACAAAUUGUAUAGCCAUUAAUAGUCAUUAACAUUUUAACAUAAUUCAUAUUUUAACAACUUCGAAGGUCAGCAUAGUUCACUGUGCCUUGUAUGCCUUGUGCUGUAAGUCUUUUUUGAGAAAUAAACUUUUUAAAAACACA